ACUCCCCCCACCCCAGCCCUGGGCUGGGCCCAAGGCUCUCUGGAAGCCACAUGCCUCCCUCCCUGUCCUCCCCCCAAACCCUGCCAGCUGAUUUCAUUUGCCUGACGUCAUUGGCCCUACCCUUCCCUGUCAGUGCCCCCCCCCCGCCCCGUGCCCCCUCCAGUCGGGGCCAGGCCAGGCCAGCUCCUCUGGCAGCAGAGCUGGGGCAGGUGACGGGCGGGUGUCGCAGCUGAGGGAGUGAGGAGGCGCCCACAACCGGAGCUGGAAGCCUAGAAGAGGUCCAGUCAGAGCCCAACAGGAGCCCGAGCCGCCCCUCAACCUGUCAGCCAUGGGGGAGAUGGAGCAGCUGCGGCAAGAAGCGGAGCAGCUCAAGAAGCAGAUUGCAGAUGCCAGGAAAGCCUGUGCCGACACUACCCUGGCAGAGCUGGUAUCUGGUCUAGAGGUCGUGGGACGAGUCCAGAUGCGGACCCGGCGGACCUUGCGGGGACACCUGGCCAAGAUCUAUGCCAUGCACUGGGCCACGGACUCCAAGCUGCUGGUAAGUGCCUCGCAAGACGGGAAGCUGAUCGUGUGGGACACAUACACCACCAACAAGGUGCAUGCCAUCCCCCUGCGCUCCUCCUGGGUCAUGACCUGUGCCUACGCCCCGUCAGGGAACUUCGUGGCAUGUGGGGGGCUGGACAACAUGUGCUCCAUCUACAGCCUCAAAUCCCGGGAGGGCAACGUCAAGGUCAGCCGGGAGCUCUCUGCUCACACAGGUUAUCUCUCCUGCUGCCGCUUCCUGGACGACAACAACAUUGUGACCAGCUCCGGGGACACCACAUGUGCUCUGUGGGACAUCGAGACUGGGCAGCAGAAGACCGUGUUCGUGGGACACACUGGGGACUGCAUGAGCCUGGCUGUCUCUCCGGACUUCAAACUCUUCAUUUCGGGAGCCUGUGACGCCAGCGCCAAGCUCUGGGAUGUGCGAGAGGGGACCUGCCGGCAGACCUUCACGGGCCAUGAGUCCGACAUCAAUGCCAUCUGCUUCUUCCCCAACGGAGAGGCCAUCUGCACGGGCUCGGACGACGCCUCCUGCCGCCUGUUUGACCUGCGGGCAGACCAGGAGCUGACCACCUACUCCCACGAGAGCAUCAUCUGCGGCAUCACAUCUGUGGCCUUCUCCCUCAGCGGCCGCCUGCUCUUCGCCGGCUAUGACGACUUCAACUGCAACGUCUGGGACUCCAUGAAGUGCGAGCGUGUGGGCAUCCUCUCUGGCCACGACAACAGGGUCAGCUGCCUGGGGGUCACAGCUGAUGGGAUGGCUGUGGCCACUGGUUCCUGGGACAGCUUCCUCAAAAUCUGGAACUGAGGAGGCUGGAGGAGGGGGAAGAAAAAGACACGAAGACACUCAGCUGCCCCCUCCCCUGCCCAAUUUCUUGAAGGUUUCUUAAGAUUUUCUCUUCUACACCCCAGCUGCCAUUCCUGCCCAGCUUUCCCCUUGGAGGGCUGUGGGGAGUAUGGGGAGUGUGCCUUCGGGAGGCAGCAUCAGGGACACGGGCAGGGAACUGCCCCAUCUCCUCCCAUGGCCUCCCCUCUCCAUGGUCCUGACAGCUUCUUCCUUAAGGAGCAGAGACAACAGACCCCCGCCCCGCCUCGGCAGGCCCACAGGACUUCUUGUCUGAGGCCCCAGGCCCAGGAUUCCACCCCUAGGGCCACCACCUUGAUCUAGACCUGGGUGGCACAGGGUGCUUGGCCCUGUGACUAUGGUUCUGGCACCACGAGGGCCCUGGUCACCCUUUCCUUCAUGCUUUCUCCUUUGUCCACCUUCUUAUCUCUCUUCAAGCACCUGCAAUAAAGUGUAGCGCCCUGGUC